CAGCCAAAGACCUCCGCACCGCGGGGACCCCGCCAACCACUCUCCCUCCCCGGAACCGGGCUGCUCUGGUGGCCCCCUCCCUGGGCUUCGUCCCCGGCAGCCCCUUCCCUGACCCUGGCCCCGAGGAGGGGGACUUGGGUGGGUUCUCAGUCCACUGGGGCGCGUCCACACUGGAGGAAUAGCCCGCUUUGGCCCCGCUCUCGCUCUUUGGCUGAAGGCUCUGGGACUCUGGGAGCUGGAGCGUGCCUUGGGUGAACCCUGGGCCCAAGAGGAAGCAGCCCCGGGGGGGGGGGGGGGGGGGGGGCUCCGUGGCCCUGUCCCUCCCGGGAGAGUGUCUUCCUGAGGUUUCCCCAGCAUCAUUCUGUGGCAUCUCCAGAGAAGAGCAGGCUCCGAAGAUGCCAGAGAUGCUGAAGAAACGUCAGGAAGGCCAGCGAGCCCCCAAACCCUGGAGGCCAGCCAUGGCAGGCGAAGAGAGAGAGUUGCUGCUGCCGCCCAAGGCUGGCCAGAGUCAGGAAGGACGGGGCUGGCAGGAGAGGCUCAAACCCUUGGCCCCCGGCUGCAGGGAGGACCUCUGGGCAUCUGAUCCAAAGGAGCCAACAAUUCCUCGUCUCAAUUGACACUUCUUGGGGGGGAUGGUCAUUUCUUGUUGAGGGAAGCCAUGGCGUUGAUCUUCUCUUAAGGAAGGUCAGAGUCACACCUUCCGUGAAUUUGGUUAGAAGCAUGCUGUGGAAAUGUCACAUGAAAUCAUCAUCAUCACCAUCGUCAUGUCAUGCAAAGGCUUAUGUUUGAAUGCAACUCUUUCCUCCACCAUCAUGAGCAAACAAGAGGUAAUGGAGAGACUAGAGAGCCUAGACACUGAAACAAGGACUUCAAAUUCUCAUACAUAUAAUACAGAUGCCUUUCAUACCCUUGGCAGUGGCAAAGGAAGGACAUUGAGGACAAUAGCCAACAGUGCUCCUGCUUCUAUAGCUGUAACAGGAAGCUCCACAUCUCAUACAGAAAUGAUUAGAUCUGGUCAUUUAACCCACCAUUCAUCUUCAGUGAUGCGGAUCAGAAGAAUUGAUGAGGCCUCACCAAAUACUGUGGAUACUGCUAAGUUUGAAACAGUGACUCUCAGGAUAAGUUCUCCCAAGAUACCAGUUGCUUCAAUUUCAGAAGUUAAUCACUCAGCCACUGAAAGCAGCCACCAUAUGGAUAGCCACUGGAAGGCAGACAGCACAACUUCUGAUUUGCAGAACAAAAACAGGAACAGUUCUAACACAACCAACAGCCCUGUAGAAGGACCAUCACUGUUUCUUACAGAGAACAUCACAGUGGCAGAUCCAAUUUCUCAGAGGGAAAUCACCAGCUCUACUGUUCAUUCCCAGUUCCCAUCUCAAGCAACACAUUCAAGAAGAAGAAGUAGCACAAAGGAUGCCACACAACUUGCUGGGUCUUCAGAAGGGACUGUGCUUAACCAUUCCUACUUUUACUCAAAGACAAGUGACAGUAACAGUGGUCAGCUGAGGAACAGCUCAGUUACAGAAAAAGAUGUUUCCAUUUCUCAGAAUGACAGCAUGCCUGUUUCAGUUUUUUCUGAAGGAGAGGGAGAGAGAACAUUACGAACUCCAAGAGAUGUCAGCCAUUCUCACAAUGCAACACAACUGUCCAAAACUUCUAGCAUCCCGGUACAUACAAGCCAAAUGGAUUUGUUACUAGGAGACCCUGUUUUUACUGAAGCAGUAGGCACAAAAUAUCAGGCUCCUUCAGGAACAACAGCUGUUGAAGACAGUGUUUUUCUGAGAACCACCUCAAACACAGUUGGAAGCAUUCCCAGUUCUCACAUGGACAGUGUAUCUGCUCCAGGUUUGUCUGAGAGAGGUGGAGAGACAAUGUUACAAACUUUAAUAGAUAUCAGUAAUUCUCACAAGACAACACAAAUAUCUACAACCAAUAGUGAUGAAAUUUCCACUGCUUCAGGACUCCCUGAUUCUUCUUAUGCCUUGACUCCAGUACAGAGCAGAGAAAUGGAUUUGUCAUUAGACAAUGAUUUCACCAAGGAAGCUGUUUCACUGAGGAAGGUGCUCACUGAGGAAGCUGUUACUCUUUCUCAGGGUCUUUCAAAAACAACAGCUGAUGAAGAUAAUGGUCAACCAAACAGCAGCUCAAAUAUGGAUAGAAGUGUUUACUCUUCUCACAUGGAGAGUGCAUCUGUUCCAGAUCUGUCUGACAGAGAUGGAAAGAGGACAUUAAAAACUCCAGGAGAUGCCAGCAGUUCUCAGAAUACAAUACAAAUAUCAACAAACCCAAGCAGUGAAAUCUCCACUUCUUCAGACCUCCCUGAUUCUUCUUCUGUGCUGAAUCUUGUUCAGACCAGCCAAAUGGAUUUGUCAGCAGGAGGCACUGAAGCAAUAGUUACAGAAGCGCAAGUUUCUUCAAACACAACAGCUGACGAAGACGUUGAUCCAUUUAGGAACAGCUCAAACACAGAGAGCGGUGUUUCUAGUUCUCACAUGGAGAGUGCAUCUCCUCCAGGCCUGUUUGACAGAAGUGGACAGAGGACAUUACGAACUUUAAGAGAUGUCAGCAGUUCUCACAGUGCAACACAAAUAUCCACAACCACUAGUGAUGAAAUCUCCACCUCUUCAAGCCUCCCUGAUUCUUCUUAUGCUUUGACUCUGGUACAGCCAAAACAAAAAGAUUUGUUACCAGGAGACACUGAUUUCACUGAGAAAGCAGUUACACAUUAUCAGGAUCCCUCAGAAACAACAGCUGUUGAAGACACUGGUCUGCUGAAUACCAGCUCAAACAUAGAGAAAAGUGUUUCCAUUUCUCACAUGGUCAGCACAUCUGUCCUAGGUGUAUCUGACAGUGGUGAAGAGAAGACCUUGCAAACUCUAAUAGAUGGCAGCACUUCCCAUAAAUCAUCACAAAUAUCCACAGCCUCUGGUAGAGAUAUCUCCAGCCUCAUAGGACUAACUGAUUUUUCAUCUGUGUUAACUCCGGUACAGACCAGAGGAAUGGAUUUGUCACCAGAAGACAUGGAUUUCACUGAAGUCACACAUACACACCAUCAGGCGCCAUCAGAAGUAACAGAUGUCAAGGAUCGCCAGCAUACCUUUAGCCACUUCAGUGUAGAAAAAAGGGCCGCUCAGACCAAGAGUGUGUUCACUGCUGCCACCUUUGCCAGAAGUGGAAAUAGGACUUUUGGAUCACUAACUGAUUGGACCAAGUCCACAGAUACAACAAAACUCUCAGCUUUUGAUUUGGAAGAUGUCACCUCUUCAGAUUUAACCCAGACCUUAUCUGCUACAGUACAAAGUGAAAAGGAAAGUUCACUAAUUACAGAAAGAGAUUUCGCUGAAUCUUUAAAUCAGUCUAUAUUUACGUAUUCUUCCAACAUCUCCUUGAAGUCAUUUACUAUCACAGAUCUUUCAAGCACUAGAAACAAUCUUCGGACCAAUCAAGGAUCAGUUGCAGAAAGAAGGCUUUCCAAUGCUUCUACAGAUAGUUUAUACCUUUCUACCACAUCCACACACAUUGGGGAAAGGACCAUGAGAUCACUGCCAGAUAAUAGCACUUCUCUGCCAGAUAACAGCACUUUUCCAGAUGUAGUAGAUACUCCCACUUACGAUACUGAAACUUCCAAGUCUUCAUAUCCAGCCUUGACCGUGAAGUCUAUGGUAGAGACUGAAAAAUACAAUGUCUCAUUAAAUGAAGGGCAAUCUACUGGGCCUUCUACACAGCGCUCACUUGAAUAUUCCUCUUUAAUUCCAUUGUACUCAUCACCACCACAGGAUUCCUCAACUAUUGGAAGUGGUCAGCAUUUGGUGAAUGGCUCAGAGGUUUCAUAUUCUUAUACUGAGAACACUUACACUUCAGCGCUGCUCAGCAAAGGAGAACAGGGAAUGGUGCAAUCUACCAUUAAUACAACAUUUCCGGAAGUGACUGAAAGCAUCUCACUGUAUAUGGAAAAGUCCAGCAGCUCAGAACUGACUCCUUCCGCACCCGAUGUUGACUCUACAAGGACUCGUGUUGAUUCAGUAGAUUUUGGUACCUCUGAGCCUUCAACUGAGACUUUUCAAACUUUCAGAUUGUCAAGGAUGCCAACUUCCUUCCAAAGUGAAUCUUCAGACACUGGAACAGGCUACCAGCCAAUGAGUAGUACUGACACUGGCAAAAGAACAUCUGUUUCUCAUACUGACAGCACAUACAUCUCAACCACCUUCACCAGGGGUGGGGAAAGGACAUUACUCUCUAUUUCACACAACAGCACCUUAUCAGCUGACUUGUUAGAAAGUUCCACUUUUUAUACUGAAACCUCCAGCCCUUCAGAAUCUCUUCAGUCCUCAUUUCCAGUGAACCAGAGCAGAGAAAGUAGCAUGUCCUCAGGUGACAUGGAUUUCUCUGUACCAUCAACAGAACCUUUAGCUGCACAUACUCCCCAAACACCAGAGUACUCUUCUGUAGUGAAUGAGCCACAUACAGACCUCUUUUAUUCAACAUCUGACCCUGCAUCUGCUAGCAGCUUGUCAUUUACAUCUUCCCCACCAACAUCACUAAAACAAGAUUCCCUCCCACCUACUCAGCCACCAAGGUUGUUUGCCUCAUCAGAGACUUCUCUCCCACCAUUUUCCUCUCCUUUCCCUUCACCAUUUUCAUUGACCUCUAAAACACCUUUAAUAACAUUUUCACAUAGACUGUCAUCAACUGCACUGCCCCCAUUGCCAUCUUUACUGCCUUCAGUUUCUUCUUCAUCUUCAUUGGUACACUCUAGUGAAGAUCUUGAAACAACUGUUCCUAUGACUACAUCUGAAGAAACAACUGGAGUAGAUUCCCAAACACCUGGAAGUUCCCUCAGUGAGUACAACAAUCAAACUAGGACAGAUCCCUCAAAAGAUAGCAGAGUACUACCAUCAACGGGACUUUUUCCUCUUCUGACUGAAACUACUGAACAACUUACAAACCAUUCUUCACCUGUGACAGUCUCCCUAGAGGAAACCAAAGACUCAAAAAGAGAAAACACUUCUCUCCCAGGGACCAGUGUUGAAAAAACUCUUCCUACAUUAACUACCUCUUCCCCAUACUUGCUAGAAAGUACCACAGGUUACAAGGUUGCAAAAGCAACAGCUUCUACAUUACCAAGAGCAACUACUCCAAAGGGGGAGGUAACAACAGGAAAAAAGCGUACAGACGUAACCUACACAACACUGAGAAUGCCUACUUUGGCAUCAAGCACAGAUGCUAUGAUCACUACAAAGGCUCACAAAGUUCUGCCAUUUUCUACUACCAAGAUGUCUCACACCACUGAAAUGACAACAAAAGGGAUAGAAAAGAGCAGUGUAACUAGUGCUAAAGAGCACAUGAUCACCACCAUCCGACCUCCACCCAUCAUGAUUUCUUCUAGCACAACCACAACAGAGACUUUUUCUGUUUCUCCAGUUUCCACAAAAGCAACUACAAAUGCAUGGUCAGGAAGCUCAAAGACAUUUCCAACUUCCCAUGGAAAAGCCAAUGUAUGUACUGCAGAUACCUGUCUAAAUAAUGGGAAGUGUAUGAUGGACACUUUGACAGGCAAAUUCCAAUGCCAGUGUUUACCUGGUUGGCAAGGAGAAGACUGCAGAAUAGAUGUAGAUGAGUGUCUAUCUAGCCCAUGCCCAGCCUCAGCCACAUGCACUAAUACACCAGGUUCAUUCAAAUGUACGUGUUCCCUGGGUUACUGGAUGGAAAAAGGAAAGUGCAAUUUAGUGAGAACAUUUGUUGGCCAGUUUCCAUUAACAUUUAACACAACUGGAGGGAAGUACUCAGAGCUUCAUCAGGUUGAAGAAGAUAUCAUAAACAUGUUGAAUGCCUCUCUUUCAACACUGCCUGGCUAUUACACUUCAAGUGUUAAGGCAUCAAGGCAGGCACGUACCAUCCAAGUAUCUGUCUUGAGCACCUUUUCCUUACUCUCCAAUGUCACCCUUUAUGAUAUUGUUACCACUAUACGAAGCCAUAUUCAAGCCUGCAAAGCUCCCACAGAAACCUGCCAGUUUAUCUCCAACCUUACACUGCUUCACAGAGCUGGAGGUCUGUGUAAACACAAAGAUCCGGAAUGUGACAAAGAAACUUCUGUUUGUGUGGAUUUGGAUGGCAUUGCUGCUUGCCGGUGCAGGCCUGGGUACUUCAAAUACAACAAACUGGAUCAUUCAUGCCGAGCUUGUGAAGAUGGGUAUAAACGUGAAAACAACACCUGUGUGAGUUGUCCCUUUGGAUUAGGAGGAUUCAACUGUGGGAAUCCAUACCAGUUAAUCACCAUUGUGAUUGCAGCUGCAGGAGGGGGACUUUUGCUCGUGAUGGGGAUAGCACUCAUAGUCACAUGCUGCCAGAAGAAUAAAAACGACAUAAGUAAACUCAUCUUCAAAAGUGGAGACUUUCAGAUGUCACCUUAUGCUGAAUAUCCGAAAAACCCUCGAGUUCAGGAAUGGGGCAGAGAAACCAUUGAAAUGCAGGAGAAUGGGAGCACUAAAAACCUACUGCAAAUGACAGAUGUUUAUUAUAUGCCCACCAAUCUAAGGAACCCUGAGCUAGAAAGAAAUGGAGCCUAUCCACCCUACACGGGUCUUCCAGGGUCCCGACACUCCUGCAUCUACCCUGGGCAAUACAACCCUUCCUUCAUUAGUGAUGACAGCAGAAGAAGAGACUACUUUUAAUGACAUUUCAGGAAGUCAAUUGGGAAAGCGGGCAUUAACAUGCUAUUUGUUUCCUGGGCACACUGUCAUUAGACAGCUGAGAUGCUGCCACAGUGGCAUACUGAAAGGGGACUUUGAACUCUGGGAAAACACUGAGCAGAGUUUCCCGAAAGAAAUCAUUUCUAGCUGCUGUUGAACAGCAGAUAACAAGGAAAUGGUGAAGAACAAUCCAUCCAGGUUACAGAUCUGUUGGAGAUAUGAAUGAGGAACUUAGUGUGUGUUCUGAGUGUUUUCUUCACCACUAAUUGUGUCACAUAAUGUGAAUUGGAUAAUUAGUUCACUAAAGGAAAACUAACAAACACUGUGGAUGCCACUAUAAAUCUGAUGCCACUAGGGUGUGUUGUGUUUACAGAUAAUAUCCAGUGCUGUGUUUCUGUUGCCCAUCUUUUAUGCAAAGCUGCCUUGAAUGAAUUUUGUGGGAAGCCCCCUUUCCCUACCACCAGAUAUCUAUUAAGGGAUACUAGGGAGAUGCUCACCAAAUGGCAGGUAUGCAUUCUAGAAUGUGGCCUAGAGGUGGAGCAUACUGUGGAAUGUGCUGAGUGCAGGGUCAUGUUUUACCACAAGAGAAGAUGUCCUAUUCUUUCUUCAUAACUUGUCUUGUUUCUCAGCUAUGUUUUGAGUCAGUAGUAAUGUCGCUUGUUUCUUUCCUCUGAUUUCCUUCAUCUAUUCUUGACCAUGAAUUUCAACAUCUGUUAAAAACAGUAAUCAUUGCCCCUUCUGCUUGCCUCCUACAAACCUUGACAUUUUCCUUUUCUGUGAUCUUUCAGGCUAUUAUGGGAGAUCUCAUUCUCAUGCUAUAAACCACAGGAUGGGAGUUCACUGGCCCUCCAGAUUUUUUUAACUAUAGCUCCCACAAUUUGUCACCAUUAGCUAUGCUGUGUAGGCCCAAUGGCUGCUGUGUCAGCCAAAAUGUUGUCUUCUUACAUGACCCAGAGACCUACAGUUGCCCACCCCUGACAUUCCCUUAAUGGUUUCUACUUUCAAAGUUGGGCCAAGUCCAUUUACAAGACUAGCUAUCCCAUCCUCACAUUUCAUGAUGAGGAGAUAAAGAUAAUGACAAAUAUAGCUUCAUCAAGUAAGGAUAGCCAUGGGAGAAGUCAAGCAGGAAGUAGUCGAAGAGGACUUGAAAUCACACACUGUUAAGUCUCAUCCUAUCCACUUGCCAUUCCUGGUUUGGGAGUCAGGAUGAGAAAGUGGGAUUUCCAGUCAGUGUUUGAUACCUGAAUGUUCUAAAGUGGCUGUGAGCAAAAAAUAGAUUGGGAUCUAUUUGCAGAUCUCUCGAGUGAUUUGACAUAGACUGGAAAGUAUUUCUAACUAUUUUGCUGUAUUGGUAAUAGCUGCAACAGAAUGACCCUUCUCACCCAAAUGAAUUUAUUGAUUUAAUAGAGAAAGCUAUAGGUAACCAGGAUGUGUGGAAGGACUGUGAGCUCAGUCCUGGAACUCUCUGUAAGUUCUUUGUCACAGCAUUAUUUAAUUCCAAGUGUAUGUAUUUAGAGAGAGGCUCCUUUUGGUGGAUCUUAGGGCUCUAGUGAAAAACCACAUAGAUCCCGUUAGCUUGCCCAUUCCUGUUCAGAAGAAUGUUUUAAGUUCUGAGAAGAGGAUUUUGUACAAGACACUGAAAGCUUGCAGCUUCCAACUUAUUUUUGAAUGAUUUCAAGGCAUGAGUGUUAAGUGAGAGACCAAGUCUGCAGGUGUAGAAGUGUGACAUCCUAUGCAGGUUGUGCAGGGCCAUAUGUGACAGUGUCAUAUUGGAUGACUAAGAAAAAGAAGAGCUGGGGUUUGUCUUGGCCAUUGCUCCAUCUCCUCCCCUCCCAACACACAAAAGAGAUAGCUGCACCUAAGAAGGAAGCAUGGAAAGAAGGAAAGAAUCUGGGAGUGCAGGAGGAAGCAUGAAAUGGAUGGAUUAAACUAUUCCCAAUUUGUCUUCCAUACCUCUUGUUCACAAAGACUCCACUUCCUCAUGGCCACUGAUCUCUGUGAACAUGAUUUGGAGAGUGCUUCCACAAGGAGCUUUAAUGAUGCAGUCACCCUAUUUCAUACAAACAAUUUUACAGAUCAUCCAACUGAUGAUGUCUUGAAUUUGUAGUUCUCCAGUACUUUCCCACUCUUUCUUCCAUCUUUUUCUUACCACAAAAGCACCUUAAUUUUCUUAUACAGUGCGCCUGCGUCAUACGUGGGUGUGCUAUACGUGGUUUUCAGCAUACGCUGAAAGCUGCAUGGGAGCAUGCGGGGUGCAAGG